AACAAUGGAGAAUAAAUAGUUUAUUUCUCAUCAUUUUCAUUUCGUGCGACAUCAUAUUUUCGCUAUAAAAGAAGUGUUUGAUGUUUAUUUGUCUACAGUUGGAAUUAUUUAAGCUUCAAGCACAGAUAUUUCAAAUACAAUCAUGUUCGACAAUAACGCCAAAGUAGUUCAAUGGAUUCUAAUUCUGAGCUGUAUUUCUCUGAUCUUUGCUGGUUUUUUUGACGAUGAGGAGGACAAAAAAAAUCUACAGGAAUGCAUGAAAGAGCUUGGUGUCAGCCAAGCUAAAGUGAAGGAAAUGGAAGACGCGGAUGAACCUAACAGCGAAUAUUCUUGUUUCUUCGGAUGCAUGUCCUUUAAAGAAGGAUUGAUCAUGAAAAAUGGACAAAUGAACAAGACCUGGGUUGAUGCUGCGAUAGCCACAAUGGAAGAUAAAGAUGAGAAAGAAUUUAUGCAAGAAUUUUACAAAGUUAUUGGCAACGAUUUAAAAAAUGCUACUGAUACAUGCUCAGCAGGCGCAUAUCUUCAGAACAUGAUGUAUAACUUGAAAAAAGCCGAAAAAGAGCUAACAAGUAAAAAUGAUUGAUUUGGAACGAAUUCAGAUUGUGCACCAU